AGAAGCAGUUUCAGACGUUGUUUGUCUUCAUGAAUGUGCUUGUGUUCAGUGCUUCUCUUGUGUCCACAGCACAGAGCCAUGUCUCAGCUGUAGGAGACCCAGGAAUGCAAAGAGAUGGUCUAAGGGUAGCCUUUGAGGCUUGGAACUUCUGCAAUGAAGUUGGUGAAGAAGCUCCUCACAUGGGUAGCCCAAGAGCUGCUGAAUGUUUUGAUCUUUCAGGUUCUCUGAUUCACAAGGUCACAGAAGCUGAUAACAGACUUGGGGUGGGGGAUUCACUUCCUGGUCUGACACCAGAAGAUAUCAAUAGCACAGACCUUUAUGCAGUUCAAAAGGAACAGUAUUUGGGUUCUUUAUGUGAAGUUGAAGACACCCCAAGGCCUUGGCAAUUUUGGAUGAUAAUGCUGAAAAAUGGCAACUACGACACCAGGUCUGGUUUAUGUCCUCAGAACGGGGAAAAGGCACCCCCUUUUAGUCCAGGACGGUUUCCAUGUUUUGGACAAGGGUGCAUGAACCAGCCCAUCUUGUGUCAUCAACAGACACAGCUGAAAGAUGACACGAUGCAAGGAGGGUUCAAUGGUACUUACGAUUUGGAUUCUGAUUGUGGGGGUGGACAUGAUGGUCUCUCUUACUUUCAGGUAUUUUGGGAGAAGAAAGUUAAUGUUGGGAGUUGGCUGUUCAAACAUAAGCUAAAGACUUCAAAGAAAUACCCUUGGUUGAUGUUGUACCUUAGAGCUGAUGCAACCACAGGAUUCUCUGGAGGUUACCAUUACGACACAAGGGGAAUGCUAAAAACAGUGAAGUCACCAAAUUUCAAGGUUAGGGUGAGUUUAGAUAUCAAGAUUGGGGGAGGAUCCAAGAGCCAGUUCUACCUUCUAGACAUUGGAAGCUGCUGGAAGAACAAUGGUGCUACUUGUGAUGGUGAUGUACUCACUGAUGUUACUAGAUAUAGUGAGAUGAUCAUAAACCCUGAAGCUCCAGCUUGGUGCAGCCCCACAGGUUUGGGAAACUGUCCACCAUUUCAUAUCACUCCUGACAACAAAAAAAUCUAUAGAAAUGACACAGCCAAUUUCCCCUACUCGGCUUAUCACUAUUACUGUGCUCCAGGCAAUGCACAACACUUGGAGCAACCUGUAAGCACUUGUGAUCCUUACAGUAAUCCUCAGGCACAAGAGAUAGUUCAGUUGCUGCCUCACCCUAUAUGGGGUGAGUAUGGCUAUCCCACCAAAAAAGGUGAUGGUUGGGUUGGGGAUGCAAGGACUUGGGAACUUGAUGUUGGUGCACUAUCUAGUAGACUCUACUUCUAUCAGGACCCAGGCACUCCUCCUGCCAAAAGAAUAUGGACAUCUAUUGAUACCGGCACUGAGAUAUUUGUCAGCGACAAAGAUGAAGUAGCAGAGUGGACUCUAAGUGACUUUGACGUCAUUCUAACACAACCAAGAACCAACUUGAUGAAUCAGGUUUAUUAGGUUGAGA